CACCCUUGUCUUCCAAAAUGUUUGCCUCUCUCACCAUAAUACUGAUGAUGGCUACCUCCGUCGCCCUUGUCUCGGCCGCCUCGCUUGAAAAACAAGCAGGAGCACUCCUUGCCUGGAAAGCCACCCUCAGCAACCAUAGCCAAGUCUCCCUGGAAUCAUGGGGAAACAUGUCGUCAGCGCCUUGUAGUUGGGGUGGAAUCCGGUGCGCUGCACUGACAACACGACGACAGCGGCAUCGGGGCCGGCCGGUGAUCACCGGUGUCUCUCUACGGGGAUUGAAGCUAAGAGGGUCGCUGGAGUCCAUGGACUUCUCGGCCUUGAGUACCUUGGCGACCCUCGACCUCUCGCACAACCAGCUCUCUGGGAGCAUUCCUUCAAGCAUAGAGCAUCUUAGAGAGCUCCAUGCUCUACUUCUGCACGGCAAUCAGAUAAGAGGCUCGAUUCCACCUGCUUUAGCAAACCUCACAAAACUAACAACCCUGCGUCUUUCCAACAGUGAGCUUGUUGGGUCAGUUCCUCGAGAAAUUGGGAGUUUAGGGAUGCUGAAAGAGCUCAAUAUUAGUGUAAACCAACUUGAAGAUUAUAUUCCAACUAGUAUAGGAAAUUUAACACAACUAACAACGCUUCAUCUUCAUAGUAACAAAUCCAUCGGAUCCAUUCCUCGGGAAAUAAGAAAUUUGGUAAACCUGGAGGAUUUGAUACUCGGAUUGAACAAACUUACAGGAUCCAUACCAGUAUACUUGGGAAAUUUGACUAAAUUCACGACUUUGCUUCUCUAGGGUAACGACUUGUCUGG